AUGACAAGUACAUCAUGCCAUGCUUUCAAAAUGAAUGUGAUUGUAGAUAAUAUCGAUGAAGUAUAUAGGCUCGCUGAUGAAUAUGCAUUCGAACAUGUUCAGAUUCUCACCCAACACCCGCGGGAGGCGGGCGUUAGAGAAGAUUCGAAAUUACGGUACCAUUCUGAAGUGUCCAAGCCUCGGGAAUGUGUUCGGAACAACGUCCUCCCAACUCGCAAGGACGUCUGA